AUGGUGACUGUGGACGAGCUGCGGGAGAUGGACUGCAGCGUGCUCAAAAGGCUGAUGAACCGGGACGAGAACGGCGGCGGCGCGGGCGGCAGCGGCAGCCACGGCGCCCUGGGGCUGCUGAGCGGCGGCAAGUGCCUGCUGUUGGAUUGCAGACCGUUCCUGGCGCACAGCGCGGGCUACAUCCGAGGCUCGGUCAACGUGCGCUGCAACACCAUUGUGCGGCGGCGGGCCAAGGGCUCCGUGAGCCUGGAGCAGAUCCUGCCCGCCGAGGAGGAGGUGCGCGCCCGCCUGCGCUCCGGCCUCUACUCCGCCGUCAUCGUCUACGACGAGCGCAGCCCGCGCGCCGAGAGCCUCCGUGAGGACAGCACCGUGUCGCUGGUGGUGCAGGCGCUGCGUCGCAACGCCGAGCGCACCGACAUCUGCCUGCUGAAAGGUGGCUAUGAGAGGUUCUCCUCCGAGUACCCAGAAUUCUGUUCCAAGACCAAGGCCCUGGCAGCCAUCCCUCCCGCUGUGCCCCCGAGCACGGCGGAGUCCCUGGACCUGAGCUGCAGCUCCUGUGGAACCCCCCUGCACGACCAGGGGGGUCCGGUGGAGAUCCUGCCCUUCCUCUACCUCGGCAGUGCUUAUCACGCGGCCCGCAGGGACAUGCUGGAUGCCCUGGGCAUCACGGCCUUGCUGAAUGUCUCCUCCGACUGCCCGAACCACUUCGAAGGACACUAUCAGUACAAGUGUAUCCCGGUGGAGGACAACCACAAGGCCGACAUCAGCUCCUGGUUCAUGGAGGCCAUCGAGUACAUCGAUGCGGUGAAGGACUGCCGCGGGCGCGUGCUGGUGCACUGCCAGGCUGGCAUCUCCCGCUCGGCCACCAUCUGCCUGGCCUACCUGAUGAUGAAGAAGCGUGUGCGGCUGGAGGAGGCCUUCGAGUUCGUCAAGCAGCGGCGGAGCAUCAUCUCGCCCAACUUCAGCUUCAUGGGGCAGCUGCUGCAGUUCGAGGCGCAGGUGCUGGCCACGUCCUGCGCGGUGGAGGCCGCCAGCCCGUCGGGGCCGCUGCGCGAGCGGGGCAAGGCCACCCCCACGCCCACGUCACAGUUCGUCUUCAGCUUCCCGGUCUCCGUGGGGGUGCACCCGGCCCCCAGCAGCCUGCCCUACCUGCACAGCCCCAUCACCACCUCCCCCAGCUGUUAG